CGGGCCCUAACAACCCCUCUCCCACGCUCCCUUUAAAAAAUUCUUUUAAUUUUGCAGUUAACCCCCUCCUAACAACUACAAGUUUGCAGCGAUGGCGGGCCGAGGGCGGUCGAGGCCGAACCUUCUAGUGACGGGGACGCCGGGGACAGGGAAGACGACCACGUGCUCUCUGCUGGCCGACGCCACCGAGCUCCGCCACAUCAACGUCGGCGAUCUCGUCAGGACCAAGGGACUCCACGAUGGAUGGGACGAGGAGUUCGAGUGCCACGUCAUCAACGAGGAUUUGGUAUGUGAUGAGUUGGAAGACAUAAUGGUAGGGGGAGGUAUCAUUGUAGACUAUCACGGAUGUGAUUUCUUCCCUGAGUGUUGGUUUGACCUUGUGGUGGUCCUCCAGACUGACAAUUCUAUCUUGCAUGACCGCUUGACAAGCAGAGGUUACAUGGGGCCAAAACUUACAAGCAACAUUGAGUGUGAAAUAUUCGAAGUGCUACUAGAGGAGGCAGAGGAGAGUUACCCUGAAGGAAUUGUAAUGGCAUUGCAGAGUGACACUGUUGAAGACAUAAGCAGGAACGUCACUGUUCUGACUGAGUGGGAAAGUAACUGGAGGCGCAGACCCUCGUCUUGAAAGUGUUAGGUUGAUAAACUUGUUAAAUUUAUGAUGCUUCCUACAUUAGCGGUGGAAAGAAAUUGUAGAAUAAUUGUUGGUAAUGAAGGGAGGAGGUGCCAAAAUAAAACCAAGGGGAUCAACUGUCAAGAGUGGAGAACGCAGUUUUUGUUUUGUACGGUACAUUUUGAGUGGUAUAUUAGCAUUGUGAUCAGCUGUAUGGAGUUUAGA